AUGCCAUCCCUCCAGGACCUUGGAGUUGAUCGAGAAGUCUCCGAAGCAGUGGCGCUAGUGACCUCUCCAACGACCAAUCCCAUCAUCGUCUCCUACCUACGCCGUCUCUAUACACAAGAACUGACAAGCCACCCACUAGUCCACUCACUCUUCUGCUUCCCGCAAUGGACAAACAUCACACACGAGCAGUAUCUCUGCAUCCUACCCGCACUAGCGCUCGCCAGCAAUCUCCUCAGCGAAGCACCGACCACAAAUUACAUUUACGCCUUACUCCGCUGUCCGACUAAAAUCCGGCUGGAUAACAGAAAUCGAUCCUACGAAGAGUUCACCUGGCUAUGCACAGACCGUUCACAACCUCUCGGCCCGGAAGCGCAAAAGACGUACGACGCAUGGCUUCUCGCUCUGGUGCCCCAUCUCCAGCUGUCGACAGACGCGAGCAUCGAAGAAAGCAGUUGCGCACACACGGUUCCAGAAGAUUUAAUUUAUCUUGCCCCCGGGUGUGAUGCAGUCGGAGUGGGCAGCACCAUGCAAAUUUCUCUUCCUUCGAUCCGCGCCAUGGAUCCGAAACGGACGAAUGCGAAACUAUUGCUGCUGCGAUGGAAACAUUUGGCGACGACGAUUGUGCAUGAGCUGUUGCAUGCCAUCAUGUAUGCGCAUCGGGGGAUGUUUAUGAUUGAAGGGAGUUGGCAGGCGAAGGAGAAGUGGUUUGCGGCGGAUGAUUAUGUAGAGGUGGGGUUUAGUUGGGAACAGGCGGUGAUGGGGGGGAUUUCGAAUUUUGUAAGCAGGAAUAGGAGGAGGGAGGAGGAGGAGGAGGAGGAAGAGGAAGAGGAAGAGGAGGAGGAAGAGGAAGAGGAAGGGGAGGAGGAAGGGGAGGGGAAGGGGAAGGGGGGAAUGGAAAAGGGAAAGGGAAGGGGGAAGAAAGGAGAGGGGAGAAGAAGUCGGAGAAAGCAAGAAUUGCUGUUGCAUGAUAUGGAUCAGUCGGGUACGGUGGAGUUGUAUCGGAAUGGAAAGACGAGUUUUCCGGUGGAUGAUGUGCGUGAAGGGCAGAAAGGGGGUGUUGUGGGCAAGAUUGAGCCGAAAGAAGUGCUCGUAGAGUUGCGAGACUUGAUUCAUAAGAGUAUGCGGAAGGCGCUUACCUAG